GUGAAUCUCCAUCUCUAUUCCCGUCUCCAUCUCGGGUAGAGUCCUCCAUACACUACGUGGAUCCGAAGUUGUCUUGGAAUCACGGCCGGCCCAUUUCGUUCUCAGAGGCGCCCCCCACCGGCGCAGCAAGCCUGCUCCAGAACGAGCACGUUAGAGCUGAUUCGCACCCAUGUUUGUCACGAAAACCAACGCAUGGCGAGACUGCAAAUCUCCCUGCGGUCACGAUAUCAUGACUGCCCGGCUGCCCGGCUGCCUCUAUCUCCCUCUGCAUUUCCCUCUCUACCUCGCUAUUUCUCUCCCUCUCCCUCGUCGUCCUCUCUCUUUCGAUCUCGUCGCUUACCCUCCCCUCUCCCCUCUCCCUCAACUCGCUCGCCCUCUCUCUUCAAGGUUUCAUAGCCUUUCUCAUUACUCGAGUGGGAAAUCCGGCCGAUAUAAUCAACAUCCGCAUCAAUAACAAACAUGGCAACCGACCUCGAAGCCGAUCACCAUGAUACGAAAAAGGACGAUGGUGUUCACCCGACCGUUCGGGACACCCUUCACGACUCGGACGAAUCCAUGCGCCAUCCCAAUGACACCCCUUCUAGCGAUGGCUCUGUGGACGCCAACUAUCAACGUGGUAUCCAGGAUAUCGGGGCUGUGACCCUAUCUUGGUCACGCACUUCACUGAUCAUUGCCUUUGUUCUCAUCUGGCUCGUCUACUUUGUGCAAGGCCUGGUUGCUGGGAUCAGUGCAGCUCUUCUUCCUUUUGUCACUUCUGCCUUCGCCGAGCACUCCCUCACGCCAACCACAGGUGUCAUGAGCGCUGUCAUUGGCGGUGUCACGAAUCUCAGCAUUGCCAAAACUCUGGACAUCUUUGGCCGCCCGCAAGGAUUUCUUCUCUGCGUCUUAUUUGCGAGUGCUGGUCUGAUCAUGUCGGCUGCCUGCAACAACGUCGAGGCUUACGCUGCAUCGCAAGUCUUCUACACGGUGGGAAUCAAUGGAAUCGGAUACAGUCUGAGCGUCUUCCUCGCCGAUACGACCUCGCUGCGCAAUCGAGGUCUCAUCCAGUCUUUGUGCAGCUCACCAUAUCUGAUCACUGCCUGGCUAGGAGGACCAGUCUCUACGGCUUUUCUGAACGGACCUGGAUGGCGCUGGGCCUUUGGAAUGGAGAGCAUCAUCGUCCCCUGCGCCACCCUCCCGCUCUUCGGUCUCUUCAUGUUUCAUUUCUCGAAGGCAAAGAAGCAGGGUCUUGUUCCGAAGCGUGUGAGUGGACGCACACCAUGGGAAUCCGUAGCCUACUACCUGCGAGAGUUCGAUGCCGUCGGACUUUUUCUGCUAUCCGUCGGCGUCGCUUUUGUUCUCCUGCCAUUCAACCUUUACACCAUGCAAGCCAAAGGAUGGGGUUCUGCCCUUGUCAUAUGUUUUCUUGUCUUCGGCAUUGUACUUCUGGCUGCUUUUGCGGUUUGGGAAAAAUCCUUCGCCGAAGUCUCCAUAUUUCCAUGGAGGUUUCUUCAAGAUCGUACAGUCGCCGGCGCCUGUCUCCUUUCCUUCACACUCUUUCUCAGCUACGCCUCCUGGGCCAUGUACUUCACCUCCAUUCUCAUGGUAGUUCAUGACCUGAGCGUCACACAUGCUAGUUACGUCUCCCAGAUAAACACCGUGGGGGGCUUCACCUUUGCUGUGAUCGCUGGCGGAGUCAUCUCCUACACCGGACGCUACAAACCCGUCGCUCUCUACUUCGCUCUUCCUCUGACAAUUCUGGGACUCGGCUUGAUGAUCCACUUCCACCAGCCUGACCAGGCGAUUGGCUAUAUCAUCAUGUGCCAGAUCUUCAUCUCUUUCGCCAGCGGUGUUGUCAUGAUCACCGACGAGAUUGCUGUCUUGGCCGCCACUGCCGAGCAACAAUACUUUGCCAUUAGCAUCGCUAUGGUUUCAAUGUUUGGAAGCAUUGGCUCUGCCAUUGGCUUGACUAUUUCCGCCGCCAUCUGGCAAAAUGUCAUGCCUAACCGGCUCGCCCUGUACCUUCCUGUCGAAGAACUUCCAAACCUGGUCACGAUCUAUACGGACAUCGUCACACAGCUGUCGUUCCAGGUUGGUACACCUACUCGCUCAGCCAUUCAGCAUGCGUACGGAGAUGCACAGAUGUACCUGUUCACUGCGGGUACUGCCGUUUGGGCUCUUGGUUUCAUUGCAAUUAUCAUGUGGCGAGACAUCAAUGUCAUUGGUAUCAAGCAGACAAAGGGUCUUGUCUUUUAA